CGCCCACUUUAUUACACGUUUACAAGCUGUUUGUGAAUACUGACAUAUUUGGUUUGGGUGAUUGUUUGAUUAUCCAAUAUUUGUCGAAAGGUACUGUGACGCAUCUUAAUAAAAAAAAGGUAUUGAACGAAGCAUCUAUUCGAGCUAGGAAUGGACGUUUCUCGCAGAGAAAACGAAGCCGAGCUACAAAAUUUGUAAGGUCUAGGGUUUCCUGGACGUUCGUUAAGAAACAAAAUCAUUCAAAUUGUCAGAUUUUUAAUUGUCACCGCAGAUAGGAAUAGUAGAAAGCUUCAGAAAAACUUCAGGCUGCAGUAAUGACAGACAACCCAAUACCAAAGCUCGCUAUCUCACGACAAACGUCAAAAGAAAUAAUAUGCACCGCCAAUAAAACAGAAGAACAAGUUGAUAGCCCGGAAGUUACUAAGUUUCGUGUUCAAGUCGAUGACAGAACGUUUUUAAAGAGCUUAGCUUCGGAUUGGGCCAAAAGCGGUGCGCAGACUGAGCUGCUAAGCGCAGAUGAUGACUGUAGUGAUCGGCAUCGAGGUCCCUUUCACUGUGUACAUAAACAUGGACAAGGGCCAAAACCAACAUUGGUUGCUGGAACGUGGCAACACGGGACUGUCCAUUGGAUCAGUAGAGCGUCCAUGAGAUCUCUUCAAAUGGCCGCAGCAAGCCAGCCAAGAGAGGACUAUUCGAAUCAAACUACAAGAACAUAUACCGUGAUGAAACAAUCCCCUCGAUUAGACACUGAUGGAGGUAUUUGAUGUUCUUUUUAACGAUCCUGCUUCGUACAUUAGCAGAAUUACAUGACCACCGUAUCACCAUUUUAGCUAAUAAAGUGCCAUCCAAAAUUCGAAUCGUGAACCAGCUCUAGCUGCCCGACAGACUGCAGAAAUCAAUGGAUGCAGACGGACAACGCAAACACGUGCGAGGUGAAUACGGAACGUCAUAUUCCACGGGUCCCGUUGUUCGAGACGAGGAUACAACAGACGGCGGCUAUGUUUCAAGAGGCUCGAGUACAACUCGGUAUUCGCCUACUCGACCAAUGGGAGCACGUUUAGUCCCAUCAAGAAUUGGUGGAAAGAGGUAUAAACCUAAAACCUACGGCGCUACGCGUAGAUCACAAUUUCCAUCCGAAGCUUCUGCCAAGCGUCCCGAGUUUGGGAGGCCACCUAAAAAACAGAUAAAAAAGAAGACUACCAUUCCUGCGAGUGAUCCACAACAACAUUUAGAACAAACCGGAGUGCCAGACAUAGGUCCAGAUACAAAUGGGGAAACAGAUCUUCGAGGAAAAGGGAUCAUAGAGGCAAAAAUUGACCAAUCAACAAAACUAAAGACAGCAACAAAGUCUGGAAAGAUCCAUAAAAUAACAAUAACUAAACAAAGAUUGGGAGACUCAUAUUCUUUGGAUGAGGGUGUCAGAAAAUUGGAAAAGAAGGCAUAUAAUUAUUAUAAACGGUUACCAAAAGCAGGAAAGAAUCAAACAUUAAGUAAUUCUGACAAUUUAUCUAAUGAACCACAUGCGGAAAUGUCCUACGAGAAGGGCAGAAGAAAAUCAAGGCGUAAAAUGCCGUCUCUUAGAACUUGUUUUUCCCAAGGUUCAAGCGUGUCAAUGAACACGCAAGGAGGGUUUAAAGCUGUUCGCUCGAAAGAUUCUAGUGAAUUAUCGUCACCGAUGGACUCGACGAAAACUAAGCAAUCCACUGCGAGCUCAAGAACAUCAAAAAGUGGCUCAGGAGAGCUGUUGUUGUUAACUGGUUCAGGCAUACUGCGAAAGACCGCAAGUGUACUGACUGAUGAGGAAUCAACAGUCACCAAAGACCCUUCGAAGUCCCGGUUGCGCCGGCUGCCGACGCGGCAAGCAGAAUCGGAAGGCAUUUUUUCUGGUUCUGGCGCCUCAUAUAUAAAGCCGCAAGUGAGUGUAACAACGAAAUCCGCUGGAAGUGAAACCGACCAAAGCGUGUCUUUCCUUUCAGAAUCGGGCGCUUGUAAUUCUCUUUCUAAUAAUGGUGUUAAAGACGUUAGAUCUGAACAUACUCUUUCCUCGGAACAUACUAAUAAAAGCACAUUUGCUCGUGAGGUUAGUAGAGAAUGGAAAAAAAGUCAAGAUCAGAUAUCAAAUGUUUCAGCUGAAAACGAACAAUCGAAAUCCACCAAUAAUGCCAUGGCCGACACUUCCUGUAGAUGUCAACUUUAUCGUAGAGACCAGGUAGGGUGGAGGCAUGUCCAAGUACGUGCGUGGUGGGUUAUCCUGCUUCUCCUAAUCCUUGCUGUUUUACAUACUAAACUACUGUUUCGUACAGAAGAGAUGAUAAAGAUUCGCCACAAACGAAAAUGGUACGAGUUGUAAAGAUGUCAACUUUCGCUACAAGAGCAUCCAUUAGGACGACGGACCUGAUCUACGUUCAAAGUCGUGUUGUUAAAACUACAGAACAUGGAAGCACUGCGAAUAAUCUAACCUUUUGCGCAGAUAUAUGAACAAAAAUAGCUUUCAAUGGGCUGUAUGUCGGCGUCUUCUAUUUUAAUUAUUCGAGCUCUCUCGAAAUUCAAAUAACGCCUGUAGCAUCGAGGAGUGAUCUGUCGCAAUGAAGUGGUUAUUACACCUGUAAUUUUGUUAUUGUGUAGAACUUCUUUUUGACUUCUA